UCCAGCAGCCAUUGCGUGCCUAGCUCUGAGUGUAUACAACAUACCACGCCUCCAGGCAUCCUGCCUGCCCAGCGAUCACUCUCAGAACUACACUUCCCAAUGUUCCUUGCGUGGCACGUGAUGCUCUGUCCUCCUUGGGCGCGGGGAGAGCAGUUGCUACAGCAUUGCUCCACUUUCUCUGAUCUGGUCCUGGACCCAGCCCCAGAGUUAGAACUGACUCCACCAUGGAAGAGGCCGACCGAAUCCUCAUCCAUUCCUUGCGCCAGGCGGGCACGGCAGUCCCUCCAGAAGUGCAGACUCUGCGAGCGUUCACCACGGAGCUGGUUGUAGAGGCUGUGGUCCGAUGCCUUCGAGUGAUCAAUCCUGAUGUGGCCUCUGGCCUCAGCCACUUGCUGCCACCAGCCAUGUCUGCCCGGUUCCGCCUGGCCAUGAACCUGGCUCAGGCCUGCAUGGACCUGGGCUAUCCCUUGGAGCUUGGCUAUCAGAACUUCCUCUAUCCCAGUGAGCCUGACCUCCGAGACCUGCUUCUCUUCUUGGCUGAGCGGCUACCCACUGAUGCCUCUGAGGAUGCAGACCAGCCUGCAGGUGACUCGGCUAUUUUCCUCCGGGCCAUUGGGAGCCAAAUCCGGGACCAGCUGGCCGUGCCCUGGGUCCCACCUCUCCUUCGAACCCCCAAGCUGCAACGCCUCCAGGGUUCCGGCCUCCAGCACUCGUUCCACACGAGCAGGUUGGUUCUGUCUGAACUGAGUUCCAGAGGAGAGCCACGGGAGUUCCAGGCAAGUCCUCUGCUGCUACCAGCCCCCACCCAGGUGCCCCAGCUGAUGCGGAGGGCAGCCUCCCUCCUCGAACAUCACGCCGUCCAGCUCUGCCAGCCUGUGAACAGGGACAGCCCAGGAGAUGAAGACCGAGUGUGCUGGGCACACCGCCUCCAAACCCAGGAGGAUUCCCGGGCUCCACAGCAGCGACUGUACAAGCAGCUGGCUGAACAUCUGCGUCAAAGCUGGGGCCCACUUGGAGCCCCGACACAAGUCCGAGAUCUAGGAGAGAUGCUACAGGCCUGGGGUGCUAGGGAUAAGACUAGUACCCCCAAAGGCUCCCGCUUCACCCAUUCAGAGAAGUUUACCUUCCAUGUGGAGCCCCAGGUCCAGGCCACCCAGGUACCAGACGUACCAGCUACCUCCCAGAGGCCUGAACAGGACACACGGGCAGCUCAAGAGCAGGAGUUAGAGUCCCUUCGGGAGCAGCUGGCAAGUGUGAACCACAACAUUGAGGAGGUUGAAGCUGACAUGAAGACCCUGGGAAUGAACCUUAUGCAGGUGGAAAGCGAGUGUCGACAAAGUGAAGUCAGCGUGGCUGAGCAGGAGCAGGCCCUCCGCUUGAAGAGCAGGGCGGUGGAAUUGCUGCCUGACGGGGCCGCCAACCUCGCCAAGCUGCAGCAUGUGGUGGAGAGCAGUGCCCAGCGGGUUAUUCAUCUAGCAAGUCAGUGGGAGAAACAUCGAGUCCCGCUUCUUGCCGAGUACCGCCACCUCCGAAAACUCCAGGACUGUAGGGAGCUGGAAUCAUCUCGACGGCUGGCAGAAAUCCAGGAGCUGCACCAGAGUGUUCGAGCAGCUGCAGAAGAGGCUCGCAGGAAGGAGGAGGUCUAUAAGCAGCUGGUGUCGGAGCUGGAGAGUCUGCCAAAAGAUGUGUCCCGGCUGGCCUAUACCCAGCGCAUCCUGGAGAUUGUGGGCAACAUCCGGAAGCAGAAGGAAGAGAUCACUAAGAUCUUGUCGGACACAAAGGAACUUCAGAAGGAAAUCAACUCUCUCUCUGGGAAGCUGGACCGGACAUUUGCAGUGACUGAUGAGCUCGUGUUCAAGGAUGCUAAGAAGGAUGAUGCUGUUCGGAAAGCUUACAAAUACCUAGCGGCCCUGCAUGAGAAUUGCAGUCAGCUCAUCCAGACCAUUGAGGACACAGGCACUAUUAUGAGGGAAGUUCGAGACCUUGAGGAGCAGAUUGAGACAGAGAUGGGCAAGAAGACUCUGAGCAACCUGGAGAAGAUCUGUGAGGACUACCGAGCCCUUCGCCAGGAGAAUGCUGGCCUCUUGGGCCGGGUCCGGGAGGCCUAGAGCCCUGAUGGAGGUCUCCUAGCCACAGGCACGAAUUUGGGGGUGCUGGAGACAGUGCCCAAGCACUUGUUCCAGCACUGCCUUCUGCUUGGCAUCUACUUUUUCCUGCUGGCAUCUUAAACCCAGGUGCCUGCUUAUCUGGUCCCAUCUUUCUUUGAUCAGGGUGAUUGUCUAGCUUGGCCACGGUUUAUUGGAUGGGCACUGGGGGCCAGGGGGCUUGGAUCCCAAAUAAAAGAGAAAUUCUUCUGUG